AUGAGUUACGUCGCUAAGGCCGACAAGGAAUACGAUGCCACUGGCGCCCCCGUCCCCGCCGCCAAGGUCCACAAGAUCCGCAUUACGCUCACGAGCAGUAAUGUCAAGAACUUAGAGAAGUUCUCUACGGACUUGAUUAACAGGGCGAAGGACAAGCAGCUCCGUGUGAAGGGCCCCGUCCGCUUACCCACCAAGGUCCUUAAGAUCACCACCCGUAAGACUCCUUGCGGUGAAGGCUCCAAGACCUGGGACAGAUACGAGCUGAAGAUCCACAAGCGCCUGAUUGACCUUCACUCCUCCAGCGAAAUUGUGAAACAGAUCACGAGCAUCAGCUUGGAGCCUGGUGUGGAGGUUGAAGUCACGAUCUCGGCUUAG